UCAACCUUACCUGCUCAAGGUGAGGGGUCAAUGAAAUAAAAAAGAUUAGGAGAAAGAGAAAAAAAAAAGAAAGAAAGAAAAAAAAAAGAAAAGCUUAAAAAAGCCUUAAAGUUUAAAGAAAGUUGAUUGCAGAAAGCAAGAGCUUUUGCCUACUUUCUUUUUCCUCUCUCUUUCUUUCUUUCUUUUCUCUCUAUGUGAGUAAAGCUGAACCCACUAUUCUAACUUCACCAGCUGUACAAUUUUUUUUGUGUUAUAGUCUCCACUUAAAACACACAAACAAAAUACCCAAAAAGAAGAAAAACAAAAAAAAAGGGAAAAAAAAUUUAUAUAGAAAAAGAUUUUUUUUUUCCUCACACACACCCACUCCAUGCUAGAAAACAACAACAAUACUGCUUCUUCUUCUGGUGCUGCUGAUCCAUCUUCUUCUUCUGAUCAUCAUCAUCAAAAUCAUAAUCAUCAUCACCAUCAUCAAAGCCACUAUGGUUUUCCUCAUAAUUCUUCUGAAAAUGGGGUCAAUACCAAUACUAACAGCAACAGCAAAAGAAAACGAAGACCAGCAGGCACACCAGAUCCAGACGCAGAAGUGGUAUCCCUCUCGCCGAAGACGCUGCUGGAGUCGGACCGGUACGUGUGCGAGAUCUGCAACCAAGGGUUCCAACGGGACCAGAACCUGCAGAUGCACCGGAGGCGGCACAAGGUGCCGUGGAAGCUUCUGAAAAGGGAAACCCAAGAGGUGAAGAAGAGAGUGUUCGUUUGUCCGGAGCCGAGUUGCCUCCACCACGACCCCUGCCACGCUUUGGGAGACUUGGUUGGGAUCAAGAAACACUUUCGCCGAAAGCACAGCAACCACAAGCAGUGGGUCUGCGAUAAGUGCUCCAAAGCCUACGCCGUUCAAUCCGAUUACAAGGCCCACCUCAAGACUUGCGGUACCCGAGGCCAUUCUUGUGACUGUGGUCGUGUUUUUUCAAGAGUUGAGAGUUUCAUCGAGCACCAAGACAGUUGCACGGUCAGGCAAGUCCGGCCGGAGCUACAGGCCCUUCAACCAGCAGCCACCGCAGCCGGCUGCUCCUCUCGGACGGCUUCGAGCACGAGCCCGUCCAGCGACGCUAAUUUCAGCAAUAUUGCCGGGCCAUUCCCCACCGGAAGAGUACUCAAUUUCCCAAAACCGACCGAACCAAACAUGUUCUUAAGCUCGCCAUCGGAGAGAGGAGCCACCACCACCGCCACUACUAAUAAUAACAGUACUACUAAACACUCGGGCAUCACUGUGAAUUCCACCAAUAACCAGCUGCACCAGCAAAAUCUGCUCGAGCUUCAGCUGCUUCCGUCUUCGUCCGACGCUCUCGGUCUUUCGACUCACAACGCUUCGGAAGAGAAUUACGCCACUCAUUUGAAGCUCUCGAUCGGGUCUUUCGACGCCGGAAAGAGCGAAUUACAACAGAAUAACAGUAACAAUAAACCGAGUAGUAAUGCUAGGAUUAGUACUCGUGAUCAGCAGCAGCAAGCGAUGGUGGCAUUGGAAGUGUCUAGGAUGAGAGAUUAUGCUAACGAGGAGAUGAAAUUGGCUAUGGCGGAGAAGACGUACGCGGAGGAAGCUCGGCGAGAAGCGAAGCGGCUGAUUGAGAUGGCGGAGAUGGAGUUCACUAACGCCAAGAGAAUAAGGCAGCAAGCUCAGGCUGAGCUAGAGAAGGCUCAGUUGCUUAGAGAGCAAGCCACCAAGAAAAUAAGCUCAACCAUUUUGCAAAUCACUUGCCAAGCUUGUAAGCAGCAGUUCCAAACGACGCCGUCCGCGUUUGGACCGUCCGACGAAACGACGUCGCUUGCUAUGAGUUACAUGUCGUCCGCUACUACUGAAGGAGAAGGAGAGUAGUAAGAGUUGGCCGAGAAAAAAAAAAAAAAAAGAAAGAAACGUUAUGGUAAUAAUACAGUCAUUUUACUCAAAAAAAAAAAGUUUCUUUUAUUAUUAUUAUUAUUAUUUUAUUUUAAUUUUUCAUAUCCUUAUAUAUUUGAAAAUGAAAUGAAACUCUCUCUCAUAAUGAUCUUUGUUUUUUACUCUUGUCGUCAGCUAUUCCUUUUUCUUGUGUCGUUAAUGUAGGGCUCUUUAUUUCUGGCCAUUAUUGUUGGGUGUGGUGACUAUAAUUAAGUAGUGUUGUGUUAUUAUAUUGGGUCUUUUUUUUU